UCCUCUCGCAUCGUUAUUGAUGUUAUUAUACAAUUUUCUUCAUUUCCUGUAGAAAUGCGUCGUGAAUUUAUAUUAGUGUUAUUAGGAAUUAUAUGUAUAUCAACUAUAUCCUCACUUUUAUCAGGAUAUGUUCAAAUAGAGUCUGAUAAAGUGCUAUUAGAUACGGUAGUAGGUUCGGUGGGUGCUGGCAAUUUUUCAUAUUGGCAGUUGGGGCAUAUAGGGCCGCUGCUGGUGGAACUGACGUCUCUAACAGGCGACGCGGACCUUUAUGUUGCUGAUACAAUCAGGCCAAGUUAUGAGACGGAUCGGAACAACUUCAGCUCGGUGACCUGUGGCCCUGAUCUGGUCAACAUACCCGCUGACUUCCCGCGCCCUGUGGGUAUCGGUGUGUUCGGGCACUGGUCGCACGCUCAGUCCGAGUACAGCAUCCAAGUGUUCCUGACGGCUCCAGCACCACGCUCUCACGCUUUCCUUGAGGACGCAAGGCCGCAUGAGAGAACAGAAGUGGAAAAGCGUCGCGAGAAACGUAAAGGCGAGGAGGAGGGCAAGCCCCGCUUCCUGAAGCUGCUGAGCAUACUCGACAUGAUCUUUGACAUGUUUGUGUUGUAGGAGUUAGACCGACUAGCGAUGUUACGAUUCGACUUCACAAAUCGGUUCAAACCGAUUUAGGUCUGAAGUCGACUAAAUCGACUUGAGUGUUCCGUAAAUCGACUUAAGAUACGUUCACCCGCUCUAAGCGCACCCUUUCCGAUUUGUUGCUGCGUCACUUUCGUUGGACAUAUUGAGGCAUAAUAAAAUGUACACGAAUCGACUUCAAACCACGAAGAAAAAUGUUGCCAUGCACAUUGCCGUCAUUAUUGAGUCGAGUCAAGUCGAACCUUGGUAUCUACAGGUAAAGUAAAAUGAAACUUAUGGUUCAAGUAGUAAGGUUCAAUUUCGCAUAGGCUUAAAGAGAUCGAUUUGGCGGUUUACUUGGAUCGGUUUGCCAGUUUUGCGCCGCGUUGAUUUGCUAACUGAACGAAUUCGCGGCAAUGACUCACGGAAUCGCACGAGACUGCACGCUCUUUCCAGCUUGCUCGUAUAGUGCUUUCCCCUUUUAUCUUUAGCAAUUAAUGACAUUUUGAUCUACCGCGCAACGGAAAGUAAAAAAAUAUUACAAAAGUUUUAAGUCAAAAGAUUUGCUGUCGUGUUAUUCUAAGGAUUCUAAGGGUCGAACAAACCGUAAAAUUUACAAUUCGAUUUCUUCAACUCAAAACCAAGCGACUACGGAGCGGUUUGAACUACUGAUAAUUAAAAAAUAGAAGUUAAAUCGACUUGGCCAAAUCGGUUUGCAAACCGAUUUGGGUUUAAAUCGGAGUCGACUUAUUCGGUUUGAAAAUUUUUCGAUUUGACCCAUCACUAAGACCGACUGUUAUAUGUUUAGAACAUUUCGUCGGGUGACAAGCAAAGUCACUAACUACUAAAAAAUUAUCAAACAAAAAUCAACCUUAUUUGAGUACUCAUAUGGUUCACUAUGGCUAUGACGGUAAUUAGUGAGUUUUGCUUGUCACCUGACGAUUUAGUAACUGGAGAUGUCACCGCUGUCAUUUUCUUUACGAAACAGUCUGCCGAUUUUUGCAGGGGAGGGGACGUCAAAUGUAUUGCUAAAUUGCUAUUUCUACAUGAUUUGUACGUAACGUACAAAUAGCCAUGUCAAUCCAUACAAAAGUUUGCACAAUUGUGUAAGUUUUCGGCAGAGGGGUAAGCUCUUGAUGGUCACUCCAGUUAUUAAAUGCUUUAAGGUUAUAUGUUAACGACUAGCGACCCGUCCCGGCUUCGCACCUGUAAUGGACCGUGAGCCACGAACAGAUUUUCAUGACCAAUCGCCUCCCGAGCGAUAACUCGUGUAUUAUAAAUGGUAGGUGCGUAUUUUUUACAUGUUUAUGCAAGUAGCUGACGGUCUUUCCACCGCUAUACAACCGGCUGACGGUUUUUUUAUUUAUAAUAGCAUCUCAACUAUCAUCUGGCAAAGUAUCAAUCGGGAGGCGAUGACUGAAAAAAAAAUUUUUUUACAUGUUCAUGUGAUCAACUGACGGUCUUUCCACCGCGAUACAACCUGCUGACUAUUUUUUUAAUUCAUGAUAUUAGCUAAACUAUCGUCUGGCAAAGUAUCAAGCGGGAGGCGAUGACUGACGAUAUUUGCUCCUGGCCCGCGGUCUGUUACACAAAACCUUAACAAAUUAUCCACCUCGGCAUUCCUCAAGAAUCUCUCUAUUGAUAGGCGAAAACCGCAUGAGAAUCCGUUCAGUAGCUUUUGAGUCGCGAACAUACGUACACACCACAGACAAGACAUCCUCCAGACUGAUCAUAGUAGCUCUACCCCCUCUGCCACAUAUACGGUAGUUUUACUCCAUGUUCGAGUCGAAAGUGUCUUUGUGUGACGUCCGUGUCUUUGAACGGACCAAUCACGGCACGGGACCUCGCUCACCUCAUCCCCCGCACUCCUGUAUUUUUGGCAGCAUCGGUUUCAUGAAAUAAUUGCUCCAAAGUCCUUCCUAGUUUAUGUAUGCUUAGAACAUUUAGUAACUGGAGAUGUCAUCGCUGUCAGUUUCUUUACGAAACAGUCUGCCGAUUUUUGCGGGGGAGGGGACGUCAAAUGUAUUGCUAAAUUGCUAUUUCUACAUGAUUUGUACGUAACGUACAAAUAGCCAUGUCAAUCCAUACAAAAGUGUGCACAAUUGUGUAAGUUUUUCGGCAGAGGGGUAAGCUCUUGAUGGUCACUCCAGUUAUUAGAAUGCUCUGAGGUUAUAUGUUAACGACUAGCGACCCGCCCCGGCUUCGCACCUGUUACACAAAACCUUAACAAAUUUUACACCUCGGCAUUCGUCAAGAAUCUCUCUAUUAAUAGGCGAAAACCGCAUGAGAAUCCGUUCAGUAGUUUUUGAGUCGCGAACAUACGUACACACAGACAGACGCGGCGGGGGACUUUGUUUUAUAAGGUGUAGUGAUAAUUAAUUAAUUAGAAUCCAAAAUGGCAAAAAACGGAACCAUUUUCAUUAUGCGUGGUCCGACGCAUCCGAUCCGACACUCGACCGGUUUUAAAAAAAUUUUUAUAACACAUCGGUGGCAAACGAGCAUACCAGAGGUGUUACAUGCGCGUUGCCGACCUUUUAAAAACCUGUACACUCCUGUACUCCUCCGUUUAUUAGUUAAGUAUUUAUUUUACAAGCAAUUUAACGUGCCUUGUUAAUAUGUAUUUUUAUGUUAGUUGGUCAUACUUGGAAGCUAAAUUAAAUCAACUUUUUGACAUUUUAGGGGUCAUCCAUUAAUUA